AUGUCGUCGACUGCUAUCGCAGCAUCGCCUGACCCGUGCUGCUAUACCCACGAUGCCGACGACCACAACGAUGCCGACCUGCCCUACAACCGCUGUGGCCGGCCGCCAUUUGCCCGGCCGUCGCCACCUCAGCCUUUUCGCUUCGACACGGGCGUCGGCAUGUUUGCGAAGCGCACACCGCGGCCGUUUCCCCCGCCGUUCUAUUCGCCCCCGUCCGCGUCGUUCUCCGAUCCGCUUAGCACGCACCAUCUGAGUCGGGACCGUCGUCGAGCCGUGGUCGGCGGCCAGCUGAUCGGUGGCUGCACCAACGGCGAUGAUGCCGUCUAUGCGAGCGAGUAUUUCGUCGCGGCCAACGACGGCGUGGGUGCCUGGUCGACACGGCCGCGCGGCCACGCUGGCCUCUGGGCACGUCUGGUCGCCCACUUCUGGGCAGACGCCGUCUACAACGACCUGCGGGCGGCCGAUGCGAUGCAUAUCCCUCCAGACCCCGCCCGCUGUCUGCAACAGGCAUACGAACAGACCAUGGAGGCAACACAGGCGCCCAACGAUUGGCAGGGAACCACAACAGCGACCGGUGCACAGCUGUCCUACCAUCGACCGGAGCCGACGAGCAAAGGCGCCGCAGGCGGAGGUGGAGGCGAUGGGAGGAGCAAGUACGAACCGAUGCUCUAUGUGACCAACCUGGGCGACUCGCAGGUAAUGGUGGUGCGGCCGGCCGAAAGCCUGAUGGUGUUCAAGACCAAGGAGCAGUGGCACUGGUUCGACUGUCCGCGGCAGCUGGGCACCAACAGCCCGGACACACCGCUCAGCAACGCCGUGGUCGACACGGUGCCAAUUCACGUCGGCGACGUCGUGCUGGCCAUGUCUGACGGCGUCAUCGACAACCUGUGGUCGCACGAGAUUGUCGAGCGGGUAAGCCGCAGCGUGGCCACGUGGCAGGCCCGCGAGAAGACAGACCUGGACCUGGAGCGCGGCAUGAUGGCUGUCGUGGCCGAGGAGCUGGUAGAGGCGGCGCGUGUCAUUGCCGUCGAUCCGUAUGCCGAGAGCCCUUAUAUGGAGCAUGCCAUCGAGGAGGGUUUGCCCAGCGAGGGAGACAGCUCCGAGGCAGACAAGGACAGGAUGCGUGCCAAACGAUCCAAGCAGUACAAGAAGCUGGUUCAGCAGUUCAAUCUGCACCAUGGAUUCCGCGAGCCAUACCAGGUGUUAGUCGACGCCGACCUCGUCCGCGAUGCGCAGCGCUUCACCAUGGAUCUCCAGGCCGGCCUGGAGCGGACUCUCCACGGUAAGGUGAAGAUCAUGAUCACCCAGUGCUGCAUCCGCCACCUGUACGCGCAGGGCCGUGAAGACCGCAGCGUCAACAAGGCCAUCGAUCUGGCCAAGACGUUUGAGCGUCGCCGCUGCGGCCACAAGCCGGAGGAGUUUGAGGAGCCGCUGUCGACGCUCGCCUGCCUCGGCCACGUGGUGGACGAGAAGGGCCGCGGCGAAAACAAGCACCGCUACGUCGUGGCGAGCCAAGACCAGGAUGUGCGGCGGCACAUGCGCGGCAUCGCCGGCGUACCGCUGAUCUACAUUUCGCGGAGCGUGAUGAUCAUGGAGCCCAUGUCGGCCCCCACGGCAAAGGUGGGCGUCCAGGCCGAACGAGCCAAGUUCCGGAGCGAGCUGCGCAAGUUGACGGGCGAGAAGCGCAAACGGACCGACGACGACGACGGGACCGACAGCGACGCCAGCGAUGCAGACGACGACAAGGACAACAAGGAUGACACGGAGAAGAAGAAGAAAAAGAAGAAGCAGUACGGACUCAAAGCUCCAAACCCGCUGUCGAUUAAGAAGAGGAAGGACAAGACGACGACGACGGCGACUGCGCUGCCAAAGAGUUCGGGCGAGCCGGCUGCCAAGACCUCGACAGACGAUGCGGCUCCCAAGCGGAAGCGGAAGCGCAAGCACAAGCACAACAGCGCGACACCCGCCGAGGCCGGGGCGGUGCCUGUGUCUGCACCUGCGGCCGUGUCGGAUGAGUAA